AUGGCUCCGAAUGAGACUGCUCCUAAUCAGAAGCGCCGAAGGGAAUCGGACGCCGAGCUGAAGCGCGACCGAGAGGUUUGGCUUGAGGACGGCAAUGUCGUUCUCGCCUGCGAAUCGACCAUUUUUCGAGUGCACCGGAGCAUUUUAGCUGCGCACUGUGAAGUGUUCAAGGACAUGUUCGUUGUCUGCGCGCCACUGGAGGAUGAAGAGACCUACGAGGGCUGCCCUCUGGUUGUCGUGCACGACAAGCCGGUUGAUAUGCGUCGAUUCCUAAAAGUGAUCAUAUAUCGAAAUCACUACGCAAAAGACAUAACGAAGCUUAGCCUAAGUGAGCUCGGGAGCCUCCUUCGUCUGUCGACGAAGUACGUCUUUCCAUCGCUCCGUGACGAAAUCGUUCCCUUCCUCGAAAAAUUAUACUCCUCGAGGCUUGAUGACUAUCGAUCCGAGCACCGAAAAUCCCUCCUCCCGCCUGACUUCAAUGGUAUCAGUGGUGUCAACCUAGCACUCGAGUGCGACAUCCCCUCCAUCCUACCCACAUCAUAUUACAUCUGCUCAAGGAUGAGCCCCACAGAUAAUCACUCUGGGCUCUCCUUCAUACAACCUGAUACCGGUGACACAGAGCUUGUCGAGUUCUCGAGCACGAGUUUCUAUCACAACUCUCUAUGGUUCCGGGGAUGCAUGAGUAGCCUGCUCGCCUCAGAUAUCGUAAACUACAUUCUCGCAGGAUAUCAGUUUUGUUCGACUUGUGCUGUAUAUUGUGUUUUUACUGUGACGAGGAAUGUUGCGGUAUACAUGCAUCCAGAGCAUUGUUUCUUCCUGGGGCAAGAUCUGGAUGAUAGUCAUCUUUGUACUCAGUGUCGAGAAAAAAUCAGGGGGGUCCAUGAGGAUGUCCGGCGUUCUGUGUGGCAGAAGGCCAUAGACCUUGUCGCUCGUGGUGAAUGA